AUGGCGUCUGUCGGUCCCGUCCAGGUGGAGAAUGUUCCUGGCGGUCUCGUGCCGUCGCUGCCGUUAGUCCGUACGCUGGCGUCUUCUCCCAUCUCGCACCUUUUGUUCUUUCACAAAGCGAUUAAGGCCGAGUUGGACAAGCUUCACACCACCGCGUUGGCCUUAGAACGCGGCGGAAAGGACACGCAGCUGUUGCUGGAACGCUAUGAAUUCCUUAGAAAUGUCUAUAAAAGAUACCGAUUCCUCUCAGAUAUUUGUGUGUUUCACAGCACAGCAGAGGACCAGGUGGUCUUUCCUGCUCUUUCAAAACGUGUAGACCUUCCAACACGCUAUGUACAGGCCCAUGCAAACGAAGAGAAGCUCUUUGCUGCAGUAGGGCAUCUGCUAGACGAGGUCCGGCAUGUGAUGGAGCACAGUCCCAGCGCCGCCGAGCCUCUGCUUUCAGAGCUGAAGAAGCAAGCACUGACCAUUGUGGAGUCACUGGACCAGCACUUGCAAGCUGAAGAGGAUGAUGUUUUCCCUCUGCUGCGGCAGCACUGCAGUCUGGAUGAGCAGCGGCAGCUCGUCUACCGGUGCCUGCUGGUGAUGCCUCUGCGGCUGCUAGAGCGUGUGCUCCCGUGGGUCAUGACGUUCGUCACAAAGGAGGAGGCCUCGGAGAUUGUCGAGAACAUGAAGCUCGCGGCUCCGGAGAUGGAUGUUCCUCUGGUCUCCCUGUUCACAUCCUGGGCCAGUAAGCACCCACCCCAAUCUGACGACACCACCACACCACCCCAAGCCUUAGAUUCCAGCGUUUUUGACAUUCCAAGACCGUUUACAACAGCAAAAUCAGGAGACCACUCAAUACACUCGAGCUUAUCAGCGGAUGCAGCCUCAUUGGAAGUGGGAUCCCAGCGCACAGCAGCCAGCCCCAAGGACAGCGUCUCCACCCCUCCCUCCAAGCGACCCAGGCUCCUCAGCGGCUCUUUCCAGAGCCUGCCAGCAAUCCUGAUCAAACCCGAGCCUCCCCCUCCUAUGCAGCUCUCUGCCUCCGAGCCUGGGUCUCUCGGUUCCAAAGCGCUCAGCUUCUCAAGUGCAGCAGGCCGCGCUCUCACUCGCUCAUCUGCCUCCAGAGGGGGGUUUCUCACGGGAGGAGUCCUGGGUCCCGGCAUUUUCUCAAAUGAUAGGGGUAGCUCAUCCAGCCAGCGGCCCAUUGACGCGAUUUUCCACUUCCACCAGGCGCUUAGGAAGGACCUGGAGUACCUCUCUGCUGAGUCAGCACGGCUUGCCACGUGUGACGACGACGCCGCCCGGGAUUUCAGCGGUCGUUUUCACUUCCUGUGGGGGCUGUACCGCGCGCACAGUAACGCCGAGGACGAGAUUGUGUUUCCGGCGCUGGAGGCGAAGGAGGCGCUGCACAACGUGAGCCACUCAUACACGAUUGACCACAAGCAGGAAGAGGAGCUUUUCGACGCGAUUGCAGGCGUAUUAAACCAGCUUUCAGGGGUGAUUUCGGCGAUUAAUAAAGCCAUGGGGGUGGCGACGAAAGCCGAGGAGAGCGGAGGGGAGGCGGAGCGGGAGGAGGCGAGGAAGCAGGUGAAGGAGCUGGAGGAGAGGAGGAGGGAGCUGGCGGAGCGGGUGCAUCGGAUGAGUCUGUCGGUGCGGCUGUGCCUGGACCAGCACAUCUCCCGCGAGGAGCUGGAGCUGUGGCCGCUGUUUGGGAUUCAUUUUAGCAUGGAGGAGCAGGACGCGAUUGUGGGGCGCAUCAUUGGCACCACAGGCGCGGAGGUGCUGCAGGCCAUGCUGACGUGGAUCACAGCAGCGAUUUCAGACGAGGAGCAGGCAGGAAUGGUGGACACGUGGCGCAAGGCAUCCCGCAACACCAUGUUCGACCAAUGGCUGAGCGCCUGGUGGAAGUCCCCUGCUGGCACGUCCAACCCCCUGCCGCCCUCCCCUGGGCACCAAGGCCACGCCAGGGACGAUCUGGCUGACAGCCUCUCCUCUGACGCGUUGCAGAUGGUGGCGGAGUAUCUAGAGAGUGAUGGGUCACGGCAAGCAGCAGGGGCAGAUGCAGCAGAGCAGGGAGAUGCAGUAGCAGCCACUCGUGUUGACGCAUCCUGUGCGGAUGGUGCUGCAGAUGCUGGUGCCGCUGGUGCUGCUGGUGCUGGUGCUGGUGGUUGUGAUGGUGCUGGGUGUAGACAUGGUCAUGCGGAAGGGACGGCAUCUGACAGGGAGGGUACGGGUGGAGAGGGGUGUUGUGUGGCAGGAGAAUGUGGUGAUGUGCACAGCGGGAACGAUGCAAGUGGUGGUGGGGGAGGUGGUGAGAGUGGGGGUGGAGGGAGUGGGGGUGGAGGGAGUGGGGUGCAGGGCAAGGAGGUGGAGAAGGACAAGAGGACGUUUAGGCCGGGGUGGCACAACAUAUUCCGCAUGAACCAGAAGGAGCUGGAGGCCGCCAUCCGCCGCGUCUCCAGCGACUCCUCGCUGGACCCCAGGAGGAAGGCGUACCUCAUGCAGAACCUCAUGACCAGCCGGUGGAUCGUGGCGCAGCAGCAGCGGCACAAGUCGUCCCGCGACGCUCCAGAGGAGGAGGUGCUGUGUGCGUCGUACCACGACGAGGAGAAGGGCAUCUACGGCUGCCAGCACUACCGCCGCAACUGCAAAGUGCGUGCUGUCUGCUGCAACAAGCUCGUCUCCUGCCGCUUCUGCCACGACAAGGUCGCCGACCAUGCCAUGGACAGGCAUGCAGUGCGGGAGAUGAUGUGCAUGAAGUGUCUUAAGGUGCAGCCAGUGGGGCAGUACUGUGCCACGCCCUCCUGCAACGGCUACUCCAUGGCCAAGCACUACUGCAGCAUCUGCAAGCUCUUUGACGACGCCAGGGACAUCUACCACUGCCCGUUCUGCAACCUGUGCCGGGUGGGGCGGGGCCUGGGAAUCGACUACUUCCACUGCAUGACGUGCAACGCGUGCAUGUCCGUGACACUCGCGCAGCACACGUGCCGGGAGAAGGGCCUCGAGUCCAACUGCCCCAUCUGCCACGACUUCCUCUUCACCUCCUCCGCACCCGUCAAGGCGCUCCCCUGCGGCCACUUCAUGCAUUCCGCGUGCUUCCAGGCAUACACCUGCGAGCACUACACCUGCCCCAUCUGCUGCAAAUCUGUCGGAGACAUGCGGGUGUACUUUGGAAUGUUGGAUGCUCUACUAGCAGCAGAGCAGCUUCCAGAGGAGUACCGCAACCGGCAACAG